AGAGAACGAAGCGUAAGUUAUUUUGAAGAUGUUGUCUCUGGAUAGUGGAUUGAUACCUUGGUAGAGAGCGAGAGAAUUAGAAUACGUUAGUUGGGAAUUGUGGAAGGAACAUAGAAAGGCAAAGGAAAGAAGAAAAGUAAUGGUGUGUUGAGAAAAAAUUGGCGAUGGAUAGGAAGACGAAGGAAAGGGAAAAGACGAAAGUGGUGAUUAGGCAUUUGCCUCCUUCUCUCACUCAAUCUGAUUUCUUCCAACACAUCGAUUCCCACUUCGCUGCUCGCUACAAUUGGUUCUCUUUCCGCCCCGGCACCAGCACCCACAAGCGUCAGAGGCAUUCCCGAGCAUACAUAGACUUCAAGUGUCCUCGUGAUGUUUUCGAGUUUGCUGAGUUCUUUGAUGGACACGUUUUUGUCAACGAGAGAGGUGCCCAGCACAAAGCAAUCGUUGAGUACGCGCCUUCUCAGCGUGUUCCAAAGCCAAGUACCAAAAAGGAUGGCCGCGAAGGGACUAUAUACAAAGAUCCAGACUAUCUUGAGUUCCUCAAACUCAUUGCAAAGCCUCAGGAGCACCUUCCCAGUGCAGAGAUACAAUUGGAAAGAAAAGAAGCCGAGCAAGCCGGGGCUAACAAGGAAACACCUAUUGUCACACCUCUGAUGGAAUAUGUUCGUCAGAAACGUGCUGUUGACAGUGGUAUGCAGGCUUCAUCAGCAGUGGCAAAAGUUAGCAGAAGAUCAAGAGCUGCUUUGCCUGGCAAGCCUGGCUCAGGCAAUACUAAAAGAGGAUCUGAAAAGAAAAAGUAUGUUCAGAAGGACAAUGCUAAGAGUGCUGCUCGGAAAGAAUCGAAAGACAAAUCAGCCUUUACUGUUGUUCCGCGGCGGGAGGAUCAAUCAGCUGAAUCAAGUAUAAAAGGAAUUUCUGAAAUUGAAGCUUUGCAUGGCAUUGAAGGUCCAAUUUCUGGAAUUCCGUUGACUUCUGACUCAGGAAAGAAAAAAAUCCUUCUUCUGAAAGGAAAACAGCGGGACAUUUCCAGUGCCACCGAGGGCACAGUAAAACAGCAAAAUGUACAAUCUGGAAAUUCUGCUAUUUCAACUCCUGCAAAACAGAACCAGAGACGUGAAGCUGGUGGACGAUUGAUUAGGAGCAUACUUCUAAAUAAUGAAGCUCGUCAAAGUCAGUCUACAACUAGUGCACAACAUAAAAUUCAAAUAUUAAGUUCUGAGAAUGGUAAGCGACCACCUCGUCCUUUUGGCUCAAGAUCGGGGCUAAAUGAUCAAGCCUCAAGUCAGGAUUCUGGACAAGUUAAUUCUGAAGGGGAUUCUAAAAGGGCUUUGGACGAAAAGUUUGUAAAACGGGAUCUGCAUGGUUUGGGUAGAAGUGAGAAAACAGAAAAACGUACUAGAAACAAGGAUAGACCUGAUCGCGGUGUUUGGACACCACUUCGUCGUUCUGAUGUUCCACAUGCCGGUAACGAUCACUCAUCGUCCUCGUUGGCACAACCUACUCUGUCAAAUCCCGAAUCUGCUGAAGGAGAAGUGAAAGAAAACGUUCCUUCUGGAAACAGGGGCGGUGAAUUCUCUGCUUCUUCAGGUGGACGUGGAAAUUCUUCUAUUGAGAAUGGUUCUCAAAGAAAUUUUACUCGCCGUGGAGCUUCCUAUGUAGUGAAGGAUGAUGUUGCAGUCAGUUUAAGUGAAGGAAAACCUUCAAAGAAAAGUGUUGGGCAUAGUGCUCAUGAGAAACAAGUCUGGGUUCAGAAAUCUUCUUCAGGGUCUUAAAAUAUCGGUGAUUAUGGACACUCAUUCAGGGCAUCUUUCCUGCUAUGUUGAGCUACAGUCUCCGUUUAGGACAUCAUUCCUGCUAUGUUGAGCUACGAUCUCCGUUUAGGACAUCAUUCACAAUUAAUUCAGGGCAACCUGAGCCUAAGCGACUUGAAAGUAAAAUGAUCCAGUUGUUGGCCUUACGGAGCCUGCACAAUAAAGGGAAUGCAAAGUUACAGACCUCGUUGACAUGAUUAUCUACUGAAAAAAUUCCUG